AUUCACGGUUGAAAAGAAGGAGGCUAGCCAGAGAGCCAAGAGCCUACAAGAGCAGCUUGACAAGGCUAACACCGCCCUUUCUGUUACACAGAAACAAGCGGAGCAGUUCAACACGCGGAGGAGGCGGAGUUGCUGAGGGAAAUCCAUACUUUCCAUCAAGAGCGCAAAGAGCUUCGUCAAUAAGGACAGCAAACGCAACUCUCGGAUGCACAGCCAGUCACUCAAUAGUUACAAUGUGCAGCAUCCACGCCGUCAGAAGCUUUCUGGAGAAAAGAAUGAGGCUAGUCAGCGAACCAAGAGCCUACAAGAGCAACUUGACAAAGCCAACAGCAUCCUUGCCACAACACAGAAGCAAGCCGAGCAGUUCAACGAGGAGAGGGCGGAACUGGAGGAGAGAGCGGACCCGCUAGGCAAAUCCAUGCUUUCCAACAGCAGGUCGAGGAGUUGCGCCGACAAGGACAGCAAACACAGCCCUUGCUCGAACAGCCAGUUGCUCAGCAGCCACAAUCUAGUGCAUCUACAUCGUCAGAAGAUUGCUGGCGAAAGAGCGAGGCCAGUCAGUGGGCCAAGGGUCUAUAGGAGCAGCUUUGCAAAGCCAACGGUGUCCUUACUGCCACGCAGAAGCAAGCCGGGCAGUUUAACAAGGAGAUGGCGGAACUGCUGAAGCAAAUCCAUGCACUCCAACAGCAGGUCGAGGAUGCCCGGUCUUGCUGGGAGUGGCGCCAACGGCGCAAAUCUUGUUUGAGCAGCGCCUUGAAGUCCUUGUAGGCAGCACCACCGCGGUCAACACCACCACCGCGGUCAACACCAC